AUGAGCGCGCGGCUGUCAGCUCGUCCUGCGCGCCGGCUGUGUGGCUCGGGACCCAGAGCGGUAGCGGAGCUCGCUGCAGUCAGGAGCGCUCGCGGAGCGGCCGCUCCGAGCGUCCCGUGCCCCGCACGCCCGCACCCGGCGCGGCCCGCAGCGAGCAUGGGCGCGGCGGCCGUGCGCUGGCAUUUGUGCCUGCUGCUCGCUCUGGGAGCGCGCGGGCAGCUGGUGGGGGCCAGCGGGCUGCCAGGUAAGCGCGAGGACCCGGGGGGCGGGGGGGAUGAGGGCGCGCGGGGUCCUACAGGCUGCCACCCCGCGCCGUCGGAGGCCGCCCUGCGCCGGGUCCUGCCUCCUUGCAAAGUAACUUCUGCGAGCGCCCGGGGCGCCCGGGGCCGGCGAGGGCGGGGUGGGCUGAGGCCCCGGGAGGGGAAGCGGGAGGCCGGAGGAAGAAAGGAAGCGCGACGGCCGCCUGCGGGGCCCGGUAUGCGUACGGAGACCGGUGGAGACCCCCGAGCCGAGAGCGGCGCUCCCCCAGGGCCAAGAACUGGGCAGCUGCCGCGCAGGAGAUACCCGGAGGUGGUCAGAAAGGUCGCGCUGAGACUGGAGGGGAGGGAAGAAUCUCCUGUGCUUCUUUCCAACGUCUCUCUCCCCUCUGGAGCUGCAGAUGUGGAUGAGUGCUCGGAGGGCACAGAUGACUGCCACAUAGAUGCCAUCUGCCAGAACACACCCAAGUCUUACAAAUGUCUCUGCAAGCCAGGCUACAAAGGGGAAGGGAGGCAGUGUGAAGACAUUGACGAGUGCGAGAAUGACUACUACAAUGGGGGCUGUGUCCAUGACUGCAUCAACAUCCCUGGGAACUACAGAUGCACCUGCUUUGAUGGCUUCAUGCUGGCCCAUGAUGGACACAACUGCCUGGAUGUGGAUGAAUGCCAAGACAACAACGGUGGCUGCCAGCAGAUCUGUGUCAACGCCAUGGGCAGCUAUGAGUGCCAGUGCCACAGUGGCUUUUUCCUCAGUGACAACCAACACACCUGCAUACAUCGCUCCAAUGAGGGCAUGAACUGCAUGAACAAGGACCAUGGCUGUGCCCACAUCUGCCGGGAGACGCCCAAAGGUGGGGUAGCCUGUGACUGCAGGCCCGGCUUUGACCUUGCCCAAAACCAGAAGGACUGCACACUAACCUGUAACUAUGGAAACGGAGGCUGUCAGCACAGCUGCGAGGACACGGACACUGGCCCCAUGUGUGGCUGCCACCAGAAGUAUGCCCUACAUGCAGACGGUCGGACAUGCAUCGAGAAGGAUGAGGCUGCAAUUGAGCGCUCUCAGUUCAAUGCCACGUCAGUAGCUGAUGUGGACAAGCGGGUGAAACGGCGGCUCCUCAUGGAGACAUGUGCGGUGAACAACGGAGGCUGCGACCGGACGUGUAAGGACACUGCCACCGGCGUACGGUGCAGCUGCCCAGUUGGAUUCACGCUGCAGCCAGAUGGCAAGACAUGCAAAGACAUAAACGAGUGCUUGAUGAACAACGGAGGCUGUGACCACUUCUGCCGAAACACCGUGGGCAGCUUUGAAUGCGGCUGCCAAAAGGGCCACAAGCUACUGACAGACGAGCGGACGUGCCAAGACAUUGACGAGUGUUCCUUUGAGCGGACCUGUGACCACAUCUGCAUCAACUCCCCUGGCAGCUUCCAGUGCCUGUGUCACCGAGGCUACACACUCUACGGGACAACCCACUGCGGAGACGUGGAUGAGUGUAGCAUGGACAACGGUGGCUGUGAGCAGGGUUGUGUCAACACCAAGGGCAGCUACGAGUGUGUGUGCCCACCAGGAAGGAGGCUGCACUGGAACCGGAAGGACUGUGUGGAAAUGAGUGGGUGCCUGUCUCGGUCCAAGGCCUCUGCCCAGGCCCAGCUGUCCUGUGGCAAGGUGGGUGGCGUGGAAAACUGCUUCCUGUCCUGCCUGGGCCACAGUCUCUUCAUGCCAGACUCAGAAAACAGCUACAUCCUGAGCUGUGGUGUUCCAGGUUUCCAGGGGAAGACACAACCAAAGCGCAAUGGCACUAGCUCUGGUGCGGGGCCCAGCUGCUCAGAUGCCCCCACCACCCCCAUCAGACAGAAGGCCCGCUUCAAGAUCAGAGAUGCCAAGUGCCAUCUCCAGCCCCGCAGCCAGGAGCGAGCAAAGGAUACCCUGAGGCAUCCCCUUUUAGACAACUGCCACGUGACUUUUGUGACCCUCAAGUGUGACUCCUCCAAAAAGAGGCGCCGAGGCCGCAAGUCCCCAUCCAAGGAGGUGUCCCACAUCACAGCAGAGUUUGAGGUGGAGAUGAAGGUGGAUGAGGCCUCAGGCACCUGCGAAGCAGACUGCAUGUGGAAGCGUGCCGAGCAGAGCCUGCAGGCCGCCAUCAAGACUCUGCGGAAGUCCAUCGGCCGGCACCAGUUCUACGUCCAGGUCUCAGGCACUGAGUAUGAGGUGGCCCAGCGGCCAGCCAAGGCACUGGAGGGGACCGGGACAUGUGGCAUAGGUCAAAUACUACAGGACGGCAAGUGUGUACCAUGUGCUCCUGGCACCUACUUCAGUGGUGAGCCAGGCCAAUGCAUGCCAUGUGUGUCAGGAACCUACCAGGACAUGGAAGGCCAGCUUGGCUGCACGCCAUGCCCCAGCAGCGAAGGGCUGGGUCUGGCUGGUGCCCGAAAUGUAUCCGAAUGUGGAGGCCAGUGCUCUCCAGGCUACUUCUCAGCGGAUGGGUUCAAGCCUUGCCAGGCCUGCCCUGUGGGCACAUACCAGCCCGAGCCUGGCCGGACCGGCUGCUUCCCCUGUGGUGGUGGGCUGCUCACCAAGCACACGGGUACCGCCUCUUUCCAGGACUGUGAGGCAAAAGUACAUUGCUCUCCAGGGCACCACUACAACACCACCACCCACCGGUGCAUCCGCUGCCCCGUGGGCACCUAUCAACCGGAGUUUGGCCAGAACCACUGCAUCUCCUGUCCUGGCAACACCAGCACUGAUUUUGAUGGUUCCACCAACGUCACACACUGCAAAAACCAGCACUGCGGUGGUGAGCUUGGUGACUACACAGGCUAUAUCGAGUCCCCCAACUACCCUGGAGACUACCCAGCCAACGCAGAGUGUGUGUGGCACAUCGCGCCUCCCCCCAAGCGCAGGAUUCUCAUCGUGGUCCCCGAAAUCUUCCUUCCCAUUGAGGAUGAGUGUGGUGAUGUCCUGGUCAUGAGGAAGAGCGCCUCCCCCACAUCAGUCACCACCUAUGAGACGUGCCAGACCUACGAGCGGCCCAUCGCCUUUACCUCCCGCUCCCGCAAACUCUGGAUCCAGUUCAAAUCCAACGAAGCCAACAGUGGCAAAGGGUUUCAAGUGCCCUAUGUCACCUAUGACGAGGACUACCAGCAGUUGAUAGAAGACAUCGUGCGUGAUGGGCGCUUGUACGCCUCGGAGAACCAUCAGGAGAUUUUGAAAGACAAGAAGCUGAUCAAGGCCCUCUUUGACGUGUUGGCACACCCACAAAACUACUUCAAAUACACGGCCCAGGAGUCAAAGGAGAUGUUCCCCCGGUCCUUUAUCAAACUUCUGCGUUCCAAAGUGUCUCGGUUCCUGCGGCCCUACAAAUAACCAGCCCCUGUCCUGUGUGGGGACAGUGGGAACCAAAUGGGAGGAGAAUGUGCCUUCCCUCCACAGCAGGAGCUGAAAGGAGGCUCCAUGGGCCUCCAGGCUGCCUUGAGAAACCCAUGACACCUGCCUCUGGCAAAGCCAUCCAGUCCGUACCACCCCCGUGGAAGGCCUAGACCCAGAACAGACCCUUCGGUGGGUCUGCCACUCCUGUGUGGAAACACUGCUUCAGAAAGCCUUCUCCCACCUCUGUUUGUUUCCCGGGACACCUAGAGUACUCCCUCCUAAAGCACCCCAGUGGGGUCUACCUGGGCCAGGACACACAGUACCCACCGUGUGGGGAGCAGGACGAUAGUGCCCUGGGCCUGACGCAUUGGGAGAGAGGAGUGUGGCCAACUCCCUGCAGGCUCUGGAAAGCAUGGGCCAUCAUCACCCACACAGGGCCAGGCCAGGGCAGGAGGGGUGUGUGGUGGUGCCAUCUGGGGAGUUGAUAAGCCUGUGCCAGUGCCUGCAGAACCAACACACCCUGCCAGUUCCUCCGGCCACAGGCACAGGACACCAAGCCAGGUCAUGGAGCUGAGGAGGCUCUGUGAGAGAUGGGACAGGUCCUCCAGGAGAGGAGUCCAUGUGCUUGUGCUUCGCCUUAAUAGAACAUCUAAAGAAGUUCUAUAUAUAUAUAUAUAUAUAUAUAUAAAUAUUAAAUAUAUAUACUUCUCUAUGUGGGUGGGUAUUUUAGAAGGGGUCUCUUCAGCAAUGUAAUACUAACCACUGUUGCCAGCUCUCCCCCACCCCCGUAAUUAAACUGCACCUC